CAGUGCUCUACGUGUGCCACCCCACUGGGGAAUCCAUAGUGCUACCACCCCGUGGUGACCACAUGAGGAGAUGUUAUCACGACAUCCUGUCCCCAAAGGGGAACUGACAGCAGCUCUCCUGCCACUCCCUGUCCCCACUGCUGCAGUCUUGCUGUCCCCACACUAAUUUUACCUCAUGGUACCAAUGGCGAUGGCCCUCAUCCUGGGUUGGUGUCAGGUGGCAGCAAACAGGGCACAGCACUUGCCCCGACCCUCCCUGUCACUGCACCCCAGCCAGGGGGUGUCCCUGGGGGACUCUGUCACCCUGCGCUGCCACCUGCCCCUGCCGGCUGCCCGGGUCUGUGUGUACCAGCACAAAUAUUUGAGAUUCUUCAAGAACAUGCACAGGGAGGAGGACACAGCUGAGUUCUCCUUGGUUGAAGUAAGGCAGGAAGAUGCAAUGAAGUAUCAGUGCCAGUACCGAGGGCGUCCACCAGGGACAUCAGAGAAGAGUGACCCCGUGGAGCUGAUGGUGACAGAUCGCAGGUAUUCCCUGCCCGGCAUUUCCCUUCGCCCUGAGGAACAUGUGGGGACAGGGACCAAUGUCACCAUCCGCUGCUGGAACAGGGACUAUGGGGCCACAUUCCUCCUGCACAAGGAUGGGUGUUCAGCUCCUAUCCAGCACCAGGACCCUGAUGGGGGGGGCACAGCCACCUUCACCCUCUUUGGGGUGACCCCAUCUGACACUGGCACCUAUAGGUGCUCCUACCACCCCUGGGGAUAUCCCUUUCUGUCCUCACCCCUUGGGGACAGUGUGACACUGGAGGAGGCACCCACACCUGCACCCCCAGGUUCUGCAUUUACUUCUCAUGGGAACUUGGUGGUGGUGGUGGCUGGGGGCUGCGCUGCUGCCUUUGUCUUCAUCCUCAUCCUUGUCAUCUUCUUCCUCACCGCCCUCAGAUGUCAGAUACGGAGAGAUGAGAGCCCUGGUUCCCCCACAAAAAAUCCUGAGGCCAUGGAGUUCCAGGUGCCACCCGGUGACAGCGAGGGUCUGACCUACAUCGAGCUGCAAGCUGUGACCCCCAGCACACAGCACCCAACCCUCCCUGCUGCCCCCCAGCCCUCUGUUAUCUACGCCGAGGUGGCCACUGGGGGGCACCACUGAUGCCUCCGAUCUGUAUGCACAAACACGUGUGUGUUGGGUGUACACAUGUACUUCAAGUGUGCACAGUCCAGGUGAGUUAGGUGUGCUCACCAUCACAUGUGCACUACAUGCAUGUAUCUCUGCAUGUGUUCCUGUGCAUUACAUCUGUGUACAGUGUCGCAUAUGCUCAGUAGAUGUACACAUCUGUACUAUGUGCUUAACUCUGUGCCUCCAUAUUUGUAUGUGUGACGUCAUACAUGUACACUGAAAUGUAUACACAAUAAUACACGUGUGUCCUUACCGUGUGCCCUGUGUCUGCACCACAUCCAUCCCCACAGCAAACACUAAGGACACAUGUGUGCUCCCCAUGGCACAUCUGCAUCGCUCCAACCCAAACCAGCACCCAUCCCACAAUGCUUUUGGGACAGGAUUCUCAUUUCUGGAGGGUUUUCCUCCCACACAUCUGGAGGAGAAUUCCCUUUCUGAAGGGCUUUUUGGGGGAGGAUUCCUCUUCCUGCAAGGCUUCACCC